CAAAGCACAAAUAACGCGUCUUCCCCACCUCGUCAAUUGCCCCUAGUUGGCGACUACUCGUCUUCCCGUCAUCGUCGUUUCUCCAGCAUCCAUCCAUCUUCAACGUUUCUUACUUCGCUCCAGUUACAAUCUCCAGCCCUUUCGAACCUAACCCGCCAUCAUAAUUCUGUAACAUGGCCGAUCGUCCAAACCCUAGACUUCUUCAACUCAACAUCAUCAUCCAGUUGCUCGCCCUUUUCUUCCGCUCCUCCGCUCUAUUCUCUCCUCCUGACAACCACCUCAUCUCCUGCGGAUCCAUCUCCCCAAUCACGCUCCACGACCAUCGCAUCUUCCUCCCCGACGCCACUUACCUCAUUUCCAGUAAUCCAAAAAUCUCCAUCUCCGCCGAUGCUAAUACCUUUUUACAAUCCAACUCAUACGCCUCUGUUUACCAAUCAGCUAGGAUUUUUACCGCUCCUUCUUCUUACGAGUUCGACAUCAGAAGCAAGGGCAUACAUAUCAUCCGCCUUCAUUUUUACCCCUUCUCCUCGGGUAGCCACAACCUCGCCUUCGCUCGAUUCCACGUCUUGGCCUCCGGCUUCGUUCUGUUAUGCAAUUUUACCGCUUCUUCUGAUUCUCCGUUGAAGGAGUUCAUGUUGAGGGUGGAUAGGGAAAAGCUCGUGAUCUUCUUCGUGCCUGUGGAUUCAUCCUCUUUUGCCUUUGUGAACGCCAUCGAGGUCAUCUCUGCGCCGGUAGACCUUGUAGAAGAUAAGGCGAGGCUGGUUCAAACUGAUCAAGUUUUGAGCUUUGAUGGGUUAUCGAAGCAGGUGAUGGAAACCCUGUUUCGGAUUAAUGUUGGUGGUCCGAAGGUGACACCGUUUAAUGAUACUCUGUGGAGGACAUGGGUUCCUGAUAAUGAAUUCUUCCAUUCGGAUUUUGUUACCAAAAUCGUAUCUUUUAGUGGUAGGAUUAUGUAUCGGAAGUAUAGCGCCAGCCGUGAAGUAGCACCUGAUAGUGUGUAUAACACUGCAAGGAUUAUAGAUGUUGUUAAUUCUUCUGAGGUAAGUUCUAGAAUGACAUGGAAAUUCCCUGUGGAUCAUGGAUAUAAAUACCUCAUUCGGAUGCACUUCUGUGAUAUUGCUAGCUUGGCUCUUAAUGAGCUGUAUCUUAAUGUGUACAUUAAUGGUUAUCUUGCGUAUGAAAAUUUUGAUAUCUCCUCGGCAACUGGUGAAGUUUUGGCUUCUCCCUACUAUGUGGACUUUGUUGCUGAUAUGGGGAGUUCAGACAUUCUGUUUGUGAGCGUUGGCCCUUCCGGGUUUGCUGGCCAGUCCAGGGUUGAUGGGUUGCUGAAUGGGCUGGAAAUUAUGAAACUUAACAACACUGUCGGUAGCUUGGAUGGCGAGCUUCCAUUUUCUUUGCUUUUACACAGUUCAAGAGGAUUCUUCAGUGGAGUUGUCCGUUCGCUGAUUUGUUGGUCCGCUUUUGUGAUGCUGUCGGUUGUCGGGUUUAUGUUGAUAUUGAGAUGGAGGGCUGAGUCAAGGAACCAAAUUGCGUGGACGGCAUUGCCCGUGGAUGCCGCGGGAGUUAAAAUUGCAAAGGGAGGCCAAUUUGCAUGAGGAAAAUUCGUAUACUGUUGAAGGCAUUAUAAGUCACAGUUUGGUUGCUUCUUCUGCUGGUUCUGUAAGUUUUCCGGCCAAAUGCCUAAUAUAAUGAUCUAGAAGAGUGAACUGUGUGAAAGCUAUGUGCACUUUCUAGGAUGGUAAAGUCUUGUUUAGCUUAGCUUGUGCCUUUCCCCCAUUUUAGCUUUCUUAUUCCCUUUUUGGUUCUUUUCAACCAUGUAUUAGAGCUAAAAGCUAAUGAAAGUUCUUUAUUUUGUGCUUUGAAUAUAACUUGCAAAUAGUUGCUUUGCUA